GGAUCGCGGAGGCUGAGCUCGGAAUUCUGAUGCCAUGCCUGCUGUCAAAAGAGUGCCAGAAACAGGCGUGGCCUUCGCACCGACCUGACUGCCGCAAGUCGCAAGAGCUCUGGCGUAUGCUCAGCGACGAGGAGCGUGAGCUCUGGAACGACCUCCAAAGCUGGGCGGCUCGUCCUCGGGAACCAUUGUAUCACGGCAUACUCGCUGCGUUUGAUCUGGGACGGCAUCCUCAAGCAAACGAGAUUCACUGAGUGGGCGUCCACCUCGAGUGUUUGCUUUCCAAGUCGUCGCAGUUGAAGCUGUGGAAUGGGACUCAGCAAUCAAUCCGCGGAAGCUAUUCGUCAAGAUCUUUGAUGCGAUGACGAGGAAACGAGCGACGCUCGAAUAGGAGGCGAAGACACUCGCGUAACGUCGUUCGCGGCAUCGGGAUGGUCGUGCUUUUCGUCCACCUGGAUCCUACCGGAACUAUGGUCAUGGACUUGCCUUAUCGCAUCCAGAGUGCAGACAUACCAAGACAUGUGUACGGUGCCGCCGACUGGAAGACAUCCUUGGAGCGAGACUUGCGG